AAGUUUAAAUGUAUUUUGUCUGGAGCUGGCUGCAAGUUUAAGUGGUUUCAGACAGGCCAGAAUCACAGACCAGAGUCCAGUUUGCACAAACCUGGAUCCUUCCUCACAUUCACUGUGACGCUUUCAGCUGCAGCUGCUGCAGAGAUGGCAGAAUCCAGCAGGAUCCUGAUUCAAGGCGGGAAGGUUGUCAACGAGGACUGCUCUGUGAUCAGCGACGUUUACAUCGAAAAUGGGAAAAUAAUUGAUGUUGGACCGAACCUUCAGAUUCCAGCUGGGGUGCGAGUUAUCAAUGCCACGGACAAGCUGGUGAUCCCAGGAGGGAUAGACACGCACACCCACAUGGAGCUGGCCUUCAUGGGCACCAAGGCUGUGGAUGAUUUUCAUGUUGGGACCAAGGCUGCUCUCGCAGGAGGGACCACCAUGAUCCUGGACUUCGUAAUACCUCAAAAAGGAAAGUCUCUCCUGGAAGCCUACGACUGCUGGCGUAAAACAGCUGAUCCCAAAGUUUGCUGUGACUACUCCCUGCACGUCGCUGUCACAUGGUGGGGGGACCAGGUCAAGGAAGAGAUGGAGACUCUGGCCAAAGAAAAGGGAGUAAAUUCCUUCAAGAUGUUCAUGGCCUAUAAAGACGUGUUCAUGCUUCAGGACGCUGAGUUAUACUCUGCCAUCGCUCAGUGUAAGGAGGUCGGAGCUGUGGCUCAGGUGCAUGCUGAGAAUGGAGACCUGAUUGCAGAGCUCUCCAAGUGUUCCAUCUCCUUCCUCUAG